UUUGACGUAGACCCGAAUCGCGAAAAGUGCCAGCGAGUGAUUUUUCAGUUUAAGAUAUUGCGUUGUUUGGUACAGUGUAUUUUUUUUCGUAAAGAAGAAAACAAUUAUUUAGAGGGAUUGUUGUGAUUUUUGAUGGUGUAAAAGUAUUCAGAAAAAACAAGAAUAUGCCUACAGAAUGCAUAGCAAAUCCCCUACAAAGGGAAUUAGCCGAUUCCAUUAUCCGUAUGGUGCCAUUGGACGAAAUAAGGAUCUUAUUAGCUUGUGGAGCCAAAGUAAAUGAACCAGUAACUCAAGGAUUGAUGCCAUUGCACUAUGCGGUAUGGCAAAAAUACUACGAAGCAGCUCAGUUAUUGCUAACAAGAGGCAGUGACAUGAACGCUACGGACGAGUGCGGCUAUAGUCCUUUGCACUUGAGUGCUGAACACGGUUAUACCCAAUUUGUUCGUCUUCUACUAAAAUCCGGAGCCAAAGUGGACUAUCGUCCGGAUACGUCAGAAGAAUUUCCCAAAACGACGCAUUGUGAUGAACCCUUGAGACUGGCCAUUAGAAAUAAACAUAAGGAUAUCGCUAGACUAUUACUAGAACAUGGUGCUGACCCUAAUAAACGUUACUUUUUCGGUUCCGAAAUUAAUUUGGUAAGCGAUUUGGAAUUUUUGGAACUUCUACUUACUUUUGGCGCAAAUCCCGAUAGCAGGGAUCGCUCAGGACUUACUCCUCUCAUGAAAGCCGUUAGACAACCUAAUAAUAUGGAAGCGGUCUUGCUUCUUCUUAAACAUGGUGCUAACGUAAACGCUAUUGCUGAUCAAAGACAUGAUUACAGAACAGUGCUUCAUUACGCAGUUCUUUCAGGAAACUUUGACAUAAUAAAUUUGAUUAUUAAACAGGGCGCUAAAUUGAACUAUGACGAAGAUUUCGACUUGGGAAAACCGAGCCCUUUGGAUUUGGCUAUUCUUAAAGGUGAUCCAAAUAUCGUGGAACUGUUAAUAAGAUCAGGUGCAAAUGUGAAUUGCAGUUCUCCUAUCAUUGGAUCUCCUCUUCACGUAGCUUGUGCUGAAGGGAUUCCUAAUAGAUAUGAUAUCCUAACAAUGUUGUUGGAGGCUGGAGCUGAUCCAAAUUUGAAAGUUUUCACAGAUGAUUUUGAUCAUAGUUCCCAAUUGAGGCCGGUUUUGGUUGAAUACAUUGCUAGUAACGAACGUCCCAACGUGGCUGUAGUCAAAAUGCUCAUUAGAUAUGGAUCCAGGGUUGUGAUGAAAACUCAAUUUCGUGAUCCAGACGGCAUGCUAAACUACCUCCAAAAUGUAGCUUCCAACGAAAACAUCUUCUUUAUACUACUUGAAGCAUGCGAAGCUUUCGAUCCUUGCAUGAUCAGACGGAACCAAGUCGUGUCACCCAAACAAAAAACGAAACUUCUGGAGCUAUCCAAGUAUCCUCUGACGUUAAAAAAACAAAUCAGAUUGUACAUGAGGAAACUUAUUGGGUCGAAACUUUUGCAUUCUGCUAACGGUUUCGAUAUUCCUCAUUGCUUGAAGAAGUAUCUCCUUUUCGAUUAUAGUUGAGGAAUUAUUUAAGUUAUAGUGAUUUGUCUUCGUGGUGAUAUUGUUUUUCGGGUGGCAGGUUUUAUCGCCUGUACUGCUCUUAAGUAGAGAAACCAUGUUUCUAUAAUAUAUUUUUGUCCAUUUUUUUGGAAAUUUUAUGGAUUGAUGGCCACGUUUUUUUUUUUUGUGUGAGAAUAACGGAUUUAACUAAACAUUGUUUAUUACCUACGUGUUUUUACUAAUACUUAUUAGUUUUUUAAUUAUAAAUAUCAACAUUUAUUACGUACCAAUUAUACAUUUUUCAACUUCUCGAUCUAACAUAGAUUUAAUGAUAAUAAUAUUAUGGUGUAUAAAAUUAACCCAUUUCAAAUUGCUUGCAAUGCAUUAAUGAAAAAUAAUAUGGUAGCGCUGUGCUAUAUGUUUUAUGUUUCAUUUAUAAUUUUGCAUUAUUUGGCAUAAAGUUCGAUAAAUGCUGAUCUCUAAAAACUCACAAUAAUUCAAGUUGUAUUUCCUGGCAUAAUCAUAUUAAUAAAUUAUUUUUGUUAUGUGCAGAAUAGGUUCAAGCUUAAGCAGGUUCGUAUUAACAUUUUUUUUUUUUAAUUUUUAACACAAGCAUAACUCGAUAAACAAAUUAUAUGCUUAUACACAUUUCUAACAUACUGAUAGAAUAACUACUUACUUUAUUAAAUUUUAUUCAUAAUAAAAUUGAAGGAUUGUUCAAGUAAAUAAUUAAAACCUUAUUUAACAAAUUAAUUAUUAUGUAGGUAGUACACUACUUAAUCCAAACUAACAUUAUCCAUGAUUGAUUAACUCAAUUUAGAAGUUGUUAUUUGUGUUUAAUUUAACGAAUAGUGGUCAUCACGUACUUGACAAUAAAAUUUAAAACCUAGAUGAAAAUUAAAAUUUCAACGCUACAAGACUUGAACCUCUAAAGGAAACUAAAUAAUUCCUCUAAAAUUGGUAUUAUUAUUUCUGUUGUUUUAAGAUUUAUAAUUUUUGUACCGUAGUUUUGUAUAUUUGUAUCCUCACUUUAAUUUGUUCUUUGUAUAUUUGUACUGUCGAAUAAAAAAUUAAAGAAUAA